AUGCGAAUUUAUUUAUUGCUAGCAGUCGUCGUUUUGACAGCGGUGAGCUACAUCUCUUCGCAACAAGUGCCGAAAUGUACUUCUGGUACAUAUCUGCCACACGAAUGCAAUUGCAACCUGAAGUCUCUCUAUUACGAAUGUGUCAAUGGAGAAUUCGUUGAAAGAAAGUGUCCGGGCGACAGAAUUUUCGACGAGAAAAAAAGCCAGUGUGUGACUCCAGUCUAUUGUCCACCAACGGGAUACGAACUUAUUCCUAACGAGGACAACUGCGGCCUGUACUACGAAUGCAAGAACGGUGUCAAAACGGAGAAAACUUGCGAGAAUGGAUUGUCUUUCGACGAAGUGAAACGCAUGUGCAGUUGGCCACCGAGCAGUGACUGCGAACGAACGGAUCUGGUUACACUACCCAGUCUACUCUAUACAACUAAGAACAGUGACGAUUAUAAAUGUCCAGCAACUGGAAACACGCGGCUACCGCAUGAAUGCUCCUGCACCAAGUUUUACAGUUGCGAGGACGGGCGUAAGUUCCUUGAAAAUUGUCCAGACGGCAUGAUGUACGAUUAUAUAAGACAUGUUUGCGACUAUUCGCACAACGCCAUAUGCAAACAUAGGACAAAUAAUAACGAUUAUGCCACUGGAAAUUGUGUUGUUUCAAGUGAGUGCACUGCUGGUUCAAAUGAACGCUUUGCUCAUCCGCAAAUAUGUAGGCUGUAUUACCAAUGCCGCGGUGGACGCAAAUGUCUUCGAUCAUGUCUCGAUGGACACGUCUUUAAUCCAAUAAUCCAAUCGUGCGACCAACCGAAGAACUAUCCCUGUCAGAAUAAUAACGACCCUACUACUACACCGAAAGACCUAGACUGUCAAUGUGCUUGUGAGAAUUGUAUCCCUCGUUAUCCUGACAACACAAAUUGUUCCAGAUACCUUGAAUGUGAAAACAACAGGAAAGUAUCAAAGGAAUGUCCUCCGAAGCUCGUGUACGACCCUGAGAGACAAAUUUGCGACUAUCCGCAGAAUGUAAAUUGCUCGCAUCCCCAUUGCAACGAGGGAGAGAUAACUCACCACGAAUGUCAAUGCAAUCUGUACUACCAGUGCGUAAACGGACGGCAAAAGGUCGUGUCCUGUCCACCUGGCUCGUACUUCGACUGGGAAGACAAGGUGUGCCGCUCGCCAGACGUGGUUCGUUGCUAUCCUCGUGGGUGUAACGGCAUUUGUCCACCGAACGGAAUUACGAACUUGCCCCACGACGAUUGCCACAAGUACUGCAAAUGCACGGAAGGAAGCACCACGAUUGUCCUUUGCGACAACAAACAGAUUUACGAUCCGAAGCAACAAAAAUGCAUACCGCCAGAGAACGUGAAGAACCAAACGUGCGAGCUCUUCCCGUGUGAUCCAAACUCUAAUUCUACAUCCUUGAUCCCACACGAGUGCCUCUGUGACAGGUACUACGAAUGCAGGAAAGGGGGGAAGCAUCUCGUGGUAUGCCCGAACGGAUUGUACUUUGACUACGUGAAAGAAAGAUGCGUUGAAAGCAAAGAUGCUCACUGUUACAAACGCGAACCGUGUUCGAAGGAUCCUGAUUGCGGCGAUAUCAAAUGCAUCAUCGACGGCAGCACAAGCCCUCACAAAGACUGCAGGAAAUACUGUGUAUGCAGGAACGGGUACGGAAUUACCGAGAACUGUCCUCAGGGCCUGUACUUUGACAAAGUAUCGGGAAAAUGCGCCUGGCCAGAGAACGUGGAUUUAGCGAAGAAUUGCCCACCGUUUAACUGUACCGAUAAUCGAAUACCUCACGAGUGUAACUGUGCAACUUACUAUCAAUGCGAGAAAGGAGACAAAUAUCGCGAGAAAUGCGACGGAUCUUACUUCGAUUACGUGCUCGGUAAAUGUGUGGAUAUCACGGAAAAUCCUCACUGUUACCAUGAGUAUUCGAAAAAUAGAGAGGUGGACGACUGUGUCGAGCAUUGCCCGAAACAGACAUCCGUUCGGCCUGUUAUUCAAAUGCGUCACAAAAAAUGCUCGCAGUACUGUGUGUGCUCAAUGGGAGCACCGUAUAUCGUCAAAUGUCCCGACGGUAAAGAGUAUAACGAAAAAACGCAGAGUUGCACAUCUCGGGAAACUGCUGGGUGUCGGCCUCAGCUAGAAAACGAGAACAAGCUAUCGUUGUCAAAUUUCCCAUUUGUCGAUUAUCUCUAGUAAGUGGAAGAAGGUAAUUCGUAGAAAGAGUUAGAAAUGUAAACGUAAGAUAAAUCGUAACGUUUUAUUACGAGUAUUUUAGUUGUAUCGAGCGUGUAAAGUGCAACGUUUGCUUUCAAUUUCAAUGUAAUCUAAUAUUUCUUUCUUUUUUUCCUUUUAAUACAACUACAUUCUAUUUAAUGCUAUUUAAGUAAGUUAAUCAGCAAUGAACGAAAGAUUGUAAAUUAAAGAUUAUGUUCGUUACACGCACGUGUGUGCAUGCAUAAUUUAAUCAUAUUCGAUUCAUCACUACUGUUGCUAUUUUAUUUUGUAAACGACGUGACUGAUUUCCAAAAAUAAUAUCAUAAAAUUGAUAAUACGUAGAAUUUUGAAUGAACGGAUUGUAAAUAAAAUGACGGAAAUAAAAGUUAAGUCAUGUUACGUUGUAUUCGGAAAAUUCAAUGAUUUCGGCAAUGACGAAACACAUUCCCAACUGUCGAUAAAACUGUAAAACUGAUUAUCAAAAUGUACGUCACCGAUGAA